CUCGGAGUAAAGAGAACAAUAAGAGUAUUUUUAAGUGAACUACUGAACACAAUUCUACUCAUAGGCUCCAGCAAUAAGCACUGCAUUCUUACGGCUUCUCGCCAUCGCCGAGUUUAUGGCACUGUUUCGUAGAUCAACCCUUGUAUUACUUGGGCUCACAUUGUGGCUUCGAAUAUGGUCCACCAGUGCCACCAGUCAUUUUUGUGAACGGCAAUGGGAAAAGACAGUGGUGGAACAACACCCCUGCUGUGAGUUCUUUGGAUGGAUCACUGGCAUGAAUGGCUACCAACUGACCUUAGUGUGGCCGAAAACUGGCGAAAAGACAAUUGACCCGAACGACUGCGUUCCGAUGUGUAAUUACACAAGGGUAGAGCACGUCACCAAUACGUCCUGCUGCAAUGGAUGGGCAGGAAAUGACUGCGAUGUCCCCGUAUGUGACCCGCCUUGCUCUAACGGAGGACAGUGUGUGGAAACUGAAACCUGGGCUGCAGCCCUACCAAAGUGCAGCUGCCCUGACCCUUACACUGGACGUGCUUGCGAGGAAAAUAUUAAUUCUCUCAAAUCAAACUUGAAGUACUGCUAUGUCAACUCCAACUGUCAAGGCAAGCUAGUUCGAGCCGAAGCCAUGGAGAUUUCAAAUUGUUGCACAGAAGGUUUUACAGGAUCGUGGGGAAGUCAGCUGGCAAAUUAUGGCUGCGCAUCUUGUAACCCAACUGCUUCAGUAAAGGUGAACAACACACUAGAUGUCGCCACUUGUAUGACAUCGGGAGAUGAUGUCUACCGCACUUUUGAUGGCGUCCUCUUCAACUAUUUGACUUUGUGUGCUGUUGGUCUCGUUGUAACACCACAGCUGGAAAUUUACACAGUCACCGAAUGUGACCCGCUGGACAAGUGUACUUGCUCCAAGGUGGUUACAAUCAUAGUCAGAGGCGAUCCUACAAUCACAUACACGCUUGAAGGAGUGUUCUUAACCAAGUCCAAUGGAACAUCCCAUGAAACUUUCGAUGCCUCCAAACUUACUGAUAACGUUCCGUCGGCAGUUGACAAGCUCGGUAGUGUCAUCUGGCGAUAUCAUGUUGACCAGAAAACAGUCUAUAUCACAUUGCCGGCGUUCAGUCUUGAGACGAGGCUAGAGGUGGACGGAACAUUUAUGAUUACUAUCAAAAAGAAUUCCGUCCUCAGAAAUAGUCUGGCGGGAGUGUGUGGAGAUAUGGACGGUUACACAGAUGAUGAAAUUGGACUGCAGACACAAGUUGGAGCUGAAAGAGUUUUUGAAAAAUACAAAAACACCAAUUUACCAUGCGGUAAAGGAGUCUCAAAAUGUUCAACAUCUGAAGAUAUUACAAAAGCAACUGAAGCUUGUCAAGCCAUUAAUACUGUUUUCUAUAGGUGUCAUAAUGAGGUGGAUCCUGAUGAUUACAUUGAUCGAUGUCGCGCAUAUUUCUGCACGUCUCUUUCUGCCGGUGGACUUGAAGCUGCCAAGAAAGCUGCUUGCAAUGUCAUGUCUACUUACCAAAAGGUGUGCACCUUAGUAACGGGUGAAGCCAUCACGUGGAGGUCAAGGACAUUGUGCCCCAAGACAUGUCACCAGCCUUUCCAGUUCAAUGGUCUGAUCACUAACAAAUGCCCACUGACUUGUGGUGCACCUCUAUACUCUUAUACAAGAAGCAGUUGCCUCACCCAGCCUUAUGGUGGUUGUGAAUGCCCCACAGGCUUGGCCAGAAUCAACAACACUUGUGUGGCACCAGAAGCCUGCCAGUGUCAAGGAGAAGAUGGUCAUUUUUAUAACAAUGGUGACCAAAUCAUAUCUGGUGACUACUGUUUAGAAUGUACUUGUGGUAAGUUUGGACUUUGGGAAUGUAAUGAAAGUCCAGAAAGAUGUUCAGCAACUUGUUCUAUAUUAGGAGGCAGCUAUAUUAGUACUUUUGAUGGAAGAAUGUUUGGUAUUGAUAAUAUUUGUCCAGAAUUGACUCUGGUGCAGACUGCAAAUGUAACCAUUAAACUGGAAUCAUCAACAAGUUAUUUGGAUGAAAAUGGAGACACAAUCAGUCCUUCUACAAUAACAAUUGAUUAUCAAGGAGUUACAUCCAGUAUUAAAGUACAAAAGACAGGUGCAACAAUUGAAAAUGGCUUUUCUCCACUCAUUUACAUCAGGCAAGUAGGAAGAGAUUUUUAUGUGGUGGAUAUAAAAGGAGGACAAAUACGCUUAGAAAUAUUUAAAGAUGGAACUAUUCUCUUAAAAAUGAAAACCACAAUUUACAAAGGAAAGGUGCUUGGUAUCUGCGGUAACAUGGAUCGUAACAAAGACAAUGAUUUCCUGUCUCCAUCCAAUUCACUUAUGGACAGUGCCCAGUUUCUUGGCUUUUAUUCAAAAUGUAGUAGUGAUACAAAAUUUAAAGAGUUAACUCAAUCAGUUAUGAAUCCAGUUUGUGGUAAAAUCAAUACUGCUCCACUGCCUCCUAAUUCAAGAGUGGACAUAGAUAGCUUUGUCAAACUUUGUAACAAUGUCCCUACAGAGGCACUUCGUUGCAAUGUACUCAAAUCUUUUUCUCUGACAGCAAAUGUAGAUUUUGUUGCUAUAUUCAAUGAUAUUUCAGCCUGUUCUGGCUCAACAUGCCUUAGAAAACAAAUCAACAUAUGUGAUGCCCACUGUAAAGAUCAUUUAUUCACCAAUUGUGAAAAAGAGUUUGUAUACAGCUGUGGUUGUGCAGAGGGUGAAUAUUUCAAGGAUGAUGGAACAUGUGUAUCCAAAAAUCAGUGUGGAUGCUUUGACUUUACCAGGCCAAAUGAAGUUAUUGGACCACAUGCUGAGUUUAUGCAUGGGUGCAGGGAAUGUGUAUGCAAAGGCUAUGAACUGCAAUGCAGCAACAGCUGUGAAGAGGUGAUCUGUGCCAAUAGUCAAGUCUCAAGAAAUGCUCUACUGUCAAAAUCUACAAACUCCACCUGUCUUAGGAAGAUGUGUCCCAAACCAUUUUAUGCCACAGAAGAGUGUAUCAAUGUUGAAGCCAGUUCACAGCUGUGUUUCUGUGCUGAUGGAUUGAAGCAGACACAGUCUGGUUCCUGUGUGCCCAAAUGCCCUUGUUAUGAGGGGGGGAAAUGGUACAAUGAUGGUGAAAGAUAUGAACAAAAUUGCCAGACAAAAGUUUGUCGUGAUGGUGUUUUCGAAUUUGACAGCGAACAUACAAAUGAUUGUACUGGUAUUUGUGUUCUGACUGGGUCCUCAAUGAAACUAAAGCCUUUUGAUACCACAACCUUGACUGACUAUUCAAUUACUGGCAUGUGUGAAUAUUAUGUUAUGAAAAUUGGAUCUGACCAUGCAGUAAAAAUUAAACCAGUACUUUGUGGGAGUAAAAAAACUGCCUGCAUGAACAUGAUAACUAUUGAAACAUCUUACCUUAAGUCUCCUAUCAUCCUUAAAUCUGUUAAUCCUGGAGUUGUUUUAGUUGGCAACAGAGAGUAUAGCAACAAUGUUGGACCAAAUAUCAAGGUCAUCAAUACAAAUUACUACUUGGCUGUCAUAUUUGGUGAUUUGUUCACUAUUUUUUGGAAUGAAGGACUAACCCUAAGAAUAGAAAUCUCUAGCAAGCUUCUAAACCAGACAUCAGGUCUGUGUGGUAAUUUUAAUUUGGAUGCUUCGGAUGACAGAAAAGGAAGUGACAAUCUUCAGAAAGAAACUCUGAGCAAAUUGGCCAAGAGCUGGAUUGUCAACCAAGAUGAGUGCACCUCCACUGAAGAGCAAACAGUUGGUGCAUCUUGUGAGGGAUCUAAUAGAGAAACUUGGGCUGAAACAACAUGUAAAAUUAUUUUAGAAGGAGAUGCUUUCAGUGAUUGUCGCAAACUAAAUGCAGAUGUUCGAAGCUUCUAUGAUAAUUGUGUGGUGCAAGCCUGCAAUUGUGACACUGGUGGUGACUGUGAAUGUCUCUGUGAUGCCAUUGCUGCAUUUGCUGCACAUUGUAAUGAGCUUGGAGCACCAGGCAGAUGGAGGCAUCAAAGAUUGUGUCCCAUGCAGUGUGAUUAUGGUAGUGUUUAUGAUCCUUGUGGAGAUGCUUGCCCUGAAACCUGUGGAAAACCUUUGAACACCUCUAGCUCCAUCUGCUCCUCACUGACCUGUGUAGAAGGUUGUUUCUGCCCACCUGGUUAUGUAAGAAAAGAUUUAGAUAGCUUGAAAGAAACUAUCUGUAUUCCUAAACCUGAGUGUCCUUGCGUUGAUGAAAAUGGAAGGGAAAUAUUUCAAGGACAAACUGUUACUAUUGAUUGUCAAGAGUGUGAGUGCAAAGAUGGAGAAUUGAAAUGCACAGGCCAAGUUUGUAAUGUUACUUGUAAAGAAGAUGAAUAUAAAUGUGGAGAUGGACACUGUAUUUCCAACAGUUUCAAGUGCAAUGGAGUCCCAGAAUGUAUAGAUGGCAGUGAUGAAUUUGAAUGCAUAGAUGUCUGUGAAGGCUACCUUUGCAAAAAUGGACAAUGUAUUUCAAAUACAUCUGUUUGUGACAACAAGAUUGACUGUUUAGACAACUCUGAUGAAGCCCUUUGUGAUCAGAAAUGUGAUGAAAAUGAAUACAAAUGCCCUGAGAGUCAAUUCUGUAUUAACCAAGACUAUCUUUGUGAUGGUGAGAAGGACUGUUGGUAUGGUGAAGAUGAAGACAAUUGUACUGUUUGUCCACACAAUGAGACCCACUGUAACCAGACAUACUGUAUACCUAAAGACUACCAUUGUGAUGGUCAUGAUGACUGUGGUGAUGGAACAGAUGAGAUUGGUUGCACUUAUCCAACCACUACAAAAAUUCCAGGUUGUCCCUAUAAUACUGUGACAUUUGAUAGUCCCGGAGUAGAUUUUAGUGUCCAGUCCAGUAAUGGCAUUGGGAAUAGUGCAUUUACCACUCAUGGUUGGUCACCUGAAGUUGGUAAACUCGGUUAUUUUACAAUAACUAUUCAUAGCUCAACUCCUGCAACUCUGAUGGAAAUAGCUUUUAACCUGUAUAAUGGACAAGGGACUGCACUUAAAAUAGAAAUUGAAACUGAACAAGGAACUAAAAUAUUGGAGAUGACACAAAUAACCAAAGACAAAGUAACAUUUGAUAAAGUGUACAACAUUGAAUUCCUGGCUAUCACUAUUGUCACCUUUGGAACCAUCUCUGAUUUGUUAUUUGAAGUUUGCUACACACCAGUUACAACAGAAAAUACAAGUCCUGAAACUACUCCUGAGUUUACAACUCUGACAACUAUUGCAGAGUGUCAGGAGAGCUUAGUCAGUUUAACACCACAAUACUUUGGACCAACAUCAAGCAAUGUCUUCAGACCUACACAAGGAGAAACUCACAUUGUCAUAACAUUGAAACCACAGAACAUGGUUGAAGUAUUGGAUUUAAUUUCAGUAUCACUGCAGCUUAUUGAUAUUGAGCAAAUACAAAUAAUUGUUUACAAAAGUGAUGGAAGCAAAUACAAUGAUCAGGUGUAUGCUAAAGAUUCAGAUAAAUUGACCUACUUUAUAAAAGAUGGAAAAGAUGUGCAGUAUGUUGAAAUGUACCUGGAAUUCAAUGAGUAUAAAUUCAAUACUGCACAAGCUGUUUACAUUGGUGCUGAAGGCUGCAUCAAAGUAAAGAACUGUUCACUGGGUUACUGCAAUUCACAAUGCUUAGAUGAAUUUGACAACAUUUGUACCUCAGAUUGUCCACCAAGUAAUUGCUUCACAACACCUUCUACAACAACCGUCACAAUCAUCACCCCAACACCUUCAACUCCAUGUCCAUUUGACAUGGUGCCUGUGCCAGUCCUUAAUAAAGAGCCUCCUUUCUCAACUAACUCGGCUUACAAUGGGAAUCCUCAAGUUUUAGUUGUCAUUGACAACUCUGAUUAUACUCUCCAGAGUAUAGAUGCUGGACCUGAUGGGAAAGUUUUGGAGCUUUUAAUGACAAAUGGUAUUCAAGGUGUGUCAGGAACACAAUUUGCCUUUAUUUUCACAAAUUCUCCCAUUCCUGAAGGAAACUAUUAUUGGAAAGAACAGGCAACAGUGUAUCAGACCAUGCAACAUGGUAAUACAAUAAUCAUCUUUGUGUUCACAAUACCUACUGGAAUCCAUUUAUCAGUACCUAAUGGUGCACAAGCUUUCAUUGUGAAGGAUGCUCAUACAGUUUCGAUAACUUUAACAAGUGAUAUUGUUUUUGUUUUGACAAAACCUGACUAUCAAGUGUAUAUCAGUAUCUGCAAAGUACAUGAUACCACAACAAGCUUACCAGAAACCCCUAGCUCAGCAGAAUUUCCAAGCAUCCCUGAAACUGGGAUAACAAAUAUAGAAUCAGCUAGUGUCUCUCAAUCAGUCGGAUCUUCAGUCCCAUCUUUUUCUUCUGUAUCACCAUUUUCUGAAUCAGCAAGUACCAGCACUCCAAUAAGUGGCCCAAGCAUAACAGGAUCUGAGUCUGAAAGUAGCAUCACACCAGUAAGUGUAUCAGGAUCUUCUGGCUCAACACCAUCAGUGUCACCACAGUCUGAGUCUCAAAGUAGCACCACUCCAAUGAGUGGCCCAAGUAUAUCAGGAUCUUCUGGUUCACCACCUUCUGAGUCUGAAAGUAGCACCACCCCAAUAAGUGGCCCAAUUAUAUCAGGAUCUUCUGGUUCACCACCUUCUGAGUCUCAAAGUAGCACCACCCCAAUAAGUGGCCCAAGUAUAUCAGGAUCUUCUGGCUCACCACCUUCUGAGUCUGAAAGUAGCACCACCCCAAUAAGUGGCCCAAUUAUAUCAGGAUCUUCUGGUUCACCACCUUCUGAGUCUGAAAGUAGCACCACCCCAAUAAGUGGCCCAAGUAUAUCAGGAUCUUCUGGUUCACCACCUUCUGAGUCUCAAAGUAGCACCACCCCAAUAAGUGGCCCAAGUAUAUCAGGAUCUUCUGGCUCACCACCUUCUGAGUCUGAAAGUAGCACCACCCCAAUAAGUGGCCCAAGCAUGACAGAAACUUAUGGUUCACCACCUUCUGAGUCUGAAAGUAGCACCACCCCAGUAAGUGCCCCAAGCAUAACAGGACCUUCUGGUUCACCACCUUCUGAGUCUAAAAGUAGCACCACCCCAAUAAGUGGCACAAGUAUAUCAGGAUCUUCUGGUUCACCACCUUCUGAGUCUGAAAGUAGCACCACCCCAGGAAGUGCCCCAAGCAUAACAGGAUCUUCUGGUUCACCAAAUUCUGAGUCUGAAAGUAGCAUCACCCCAAUAAGUGGCCCAAGCAUAACUGGAUCUUCUGGUUCACCACCUUCUGAGUCUGAAAGUAGCACCACCCCAAUAAGUGGCCCAAGCAUAACAGGAUCUUCUGGUUCACCACCUUCUGAGUCUGAAAGUAUCACCACUUCAGUAAGUGGCCCAAGCAUAACAGGAUCUUCUGGUUCACCACCAUCUAAGCCUGAAAGUAGCACAACCCCAAUAAGUGGCCCAAGCAUAACAGGAUCUUCUGGUUCACCACCUUCUGAGUCUGAAAGUAGCACCACCCCAGUAAGUGGCCCAAGCAUAACAGGAUCUUCUGGUUCACCACCUUCUGAGUCUGAAAGCAGCACCACCCCAGUAAGUGGCCCAAGUAUAUCAGAAUCUUCUGGCUCACCACCAUCAGUUCCAUCACAAUCUGAGUCUGAAAGUAGCACCUCUCCAGUAAGUAGCCCAAGCAUAACAGGAUCUUCUGGUUCACCACCAUCAGUGCCACCAACAUCUAAGCCUGAAAGUAGCACCACUCCUGUAAGUAGCCCAAGCAUAACAGGAUCUUCUAGUUCAAUACCUUCAGUGCCACCACAAUCUGAUUCUGAAAGCAGCACCACCCCAGUAAGUGGCCCAAGUAUAUCAGAAUCUUCUAGUUCACCACCAUCCGUGCCACCCACAUCUAAGCCUGAAAGUAGCACCACCCCAGUAAGUGGCCCAAGUAUAUCAGGAUCUUCUGGCUCACCACCAUCAGUGCCAUCACAAUCUGAGUCUCAAAGUAGCACCACUCCAAUAAGUGGCCCAAGUGUAUCAGGAUCUUCUAGUUCACCACCAUCCGUGCCACCCACAUCUAAGCCUGAAAGCAGCACCACCCCAGUAAGUGGCCCAAGUAUAUCAGAAUCUUCUGGCUCACCACCAUCAGUGCCAUCACAAUCUGAGUCUGAAAGUAGCACCUCUCCAGUAAGUAGCCCAAGCAUAACGGGAUCUUCUGGUUCACCACCAUCAGUGCCACCAACAUCAGUGCCAUCACAAUCUGAGUCUGAAAGUAGCACCACCCUAGUAAGUGGCCCAAGCAUAACAGGAUCUUCUGGUUCACCACCUUCUGAGUCUGAAAGCAGCACCACCCCAGUAAGUGGCCCAAGUAUAUCAGAAUCUUCUGGCUCACCACCAUCAGUUCCAUCACAAUCUGAGUCUGAAAGUAGCACCUCUCCAGUAAGUAGCCCAAGCAUAACAGGAUCUUCUGGUUCACCACCAUCAGUGCCACCAACAUCUAAGCCUGAAAGUAGCACCACUCCUGUAAGUAGCCCAAGCAUAACAGGAUCUUCUAGUUCAAUACCUUCAGUGCCACCACAAUCUGAUUCUGAAAGCAGCACCACCCCAGUAAGUGGCCCAAGUAUAUCAGAAUCUUCUAGUUCACCACCAUCCGUGCCACCCACAUCUAAGCCUGAAAGUAGCACCACCCCAGUAAGUGGCCCAAGUAUAUCAGGAUCUUCUGGCUCACCACCAUCAGUGCCAUCACAAUCUGAGUCUCAAAGUAGCACCACUCCAAUAAGUGGCCCAAGUGUAUCAGGAUCUUCUAGUUCACCACCAUCCGUGCCACCCACAUCUAAGCCUGAAAGCAGCACCACCCCAGUAAGUGGCCCAAGUAUAUCAGAAUCUUCUGGCUCACCACCAUCAGUACCAUCACAAUCUGAGUCUGAAAGUAGCACCUCUCCAGUAAGUAGCCCAAGCAUAACGGGAUCUUCUGGUUCACCACCAUCAGUGCCACCAACAUCAGUGUCAUCACAAUCUGAGUCUCAAAGUAGCACCACUCUAAUAAGUGGCCCAAGUGUAUCAGGAUCUUCUGGUUCAACACCAUCCGUGCCACCCACAUCUAAGCCUGAAAGUAGCACCACCCCAGUAAGUGGCCCAAGUAUAUCAGAAUCUUCUGGCUCACCACCAUCAGUGCCAUCACAAUCUGAGUAUCAAAGUAGCACCACUCCAAUAAGUGGCCCAAGUGUAUCAGGAUCUUCUGGCUCACCACCAUCAGUGCCAUCACAAUCUGAGUCUGAAAGUAGCACCACUCCAAUAAGUGGCCCAAGUGUAUCAGGAUCUUCUGGUUCACCACCAUCAGUGCCACCAACAUCAGUGCCAUCACAAUCUGAGUCUGAAAGUAGCACCACCCCAGUAAGUGGCCCAAGUAUAUCAGAAUCUUCUGGCUCACCACCAUCAGUGCCAUCUCAAUCUGAGUCUCAAAGUAGCACCACUCCAGUAAGUGGCCCUAGUGUAUCAGGAUCUUCUAGUUCACCACCAUCCAUGCCAUCCACAUCUAAGUCUGAAAGCAGCACCAUUCCAGUAAGUGGCCCAAGUAUAUCAGAAUCUUCUGGUUCACCACAAUCUGUGUCUGAAAGUAGCACCACCCCAGUAAGUGGCCCAAGUAUAUCAGAAUCUUCAGGCUUACCACCAUCAGUGCCAUCACAAUCUGAGUCUGAAAGUAGCACCUCUCCAGUAAGUAGCCCAAGCAUAACAGGAUCUUCUGGUUCACCACCAUCAGUGCCACCAACAUCAGUGCCAUCACAAUCUGAGUCUGAAAGUAGCACCACUCCAAUAAGUGGCCCAAGUGUAUCAGGAUCUUCUAGCUCACCACCAUCCGUGCCACCCACAUCUAAGCCUGAAAGUAGCACCACCCCAGUAAGUGUCCCAAGUAUAUCAGAAUCUUCAGGCUUACCACCAUCAGUGCCAUCACAAUCUGAGUCUGAAAGUAGCACUUCUCCAGUAAGUAGCCCAAGCAUAACAGGAUCUUCUGGUUCACCACCAUCAGUGCCACCAACAUCAGUGCCAUCACAAUCUGAGUCUGAAAGUAGCACCACUCCAAUAAGUGGCCCAAGUGUAUCAGGAUCUUCUAGUUCACCACCAUCCGUGCCACCCACAUCUAAGCCUGAAAGCAGCACCACCCCAGUAAGUGGACCAAGUAUAUCAGAAUCUUCUAGUUCACCACCAUCAGUUCCACCACAAUCUGUGUCUGAAAGUAGCACCACCCCAGUAAGUGGCCCAAGUAUAUCAGAAUCUUCUGGCUCACCACCAUCAGUGCCAUCACAAUCUGAGUCUGAAAGUAGCACCUCUCCAGUAAGUAGCCCAAGUGUAUCAGGAUCUUCUGGUUCACCACCAUCAGUGCCACCCACAUCUAAGCCUGAAAGCAGCACCACCCCAGUAAGUGGCCCAAGUAUAUCAGAAUCUUCUGGCUCACCACCAUCAGUGCCACCAACAUCUAAGCCUGAAAGCAGCACCACCCCAGUAAGUGGCCCAAGUAUAUCAGAAUCUUCUGGCUCACCACCAUCAGUGCCACCAACAUCUAAGCCUGAAAGCAGCACCACCCCAGUAAGUGGCCCAAGUAUAUCAGAAUCUUCUGGCUCACCACCAUCAGUGCCAUCACAAUCUGAGUCUGAAAGCAGCACCACCCCAGUAAGUGGCCCAAGUAUAUCAGAAUCUUCUGGCUCACCACCAUCAGUGCCACCAACAUCUAAGCCUGAAAGCAGCACCACCCCAGUAAGUGGCCCAAGUAUAUCAGAAUCUUCUGGCUCACCACCAUCAGUGUCACCAACAUCUAAGCCUGAAAGCAGCACCACCCCAGUAAGUGGCCCAAGUAUAUCAGAAUCUUCUGGCUCACCACCAUCAGUGCCACCAACAUCUAAGCCUGAAAGCAGCACCACCCCAGUAAGUGGCCCAAGUAUAUCAGAAUCUUCUGGCUCACCACCAUCAGUGCCAUCACAAUCUGAGUCUGAAAGCAGCACCACCCCAGUAAGUGGCCCAAGUAUAUCAGAAUCUUCUGGCUCACCACCAUCAGUGCCACCAACAUCUAAGCCUGAAAGCAGCACCACCCCAGUAAGUGGCCCAAGUAUAUCAGAAUCUUCUGGCUCACCACCAUCAGUGCCAUCACAAUCUGAGUCUCAAAGUAGCACCACUCCAAUAAGUGGCCCAAGUGUAUCAGGAUCUUCUAGUUCACCACCAUCCGUGCCACCCACAUCUAAGCCUGAAAGCAGCACCACCCCAGUAAGUGGCCCAAGUAUAUCAGAAUCUUCUGGCUCACCACCAUCAGUACCAUCACAAUCUGAGUCUGAAAGUAUCACCACCCCAGUAAGUGGCCCAAGCAUAACAGGAUCUUCUGGUUCACCACCUUCUGAGUCUGAAAGCAGCACCACCCCAGUAAGUGGCCCAAGUAUAUCAGAAUCUUCUGGCUCACCACCAUCAGUGCCACCACAAUCUGUGUCUGAAAGUAGCACCACUCCAGUAAGUGGCCCAAGCAUAACAGGAUCUUCUAGUUCACCACCAUCAGUCUCACCACAGUCUGAGUCUCAAAGUAGCACCACUCCAAUAAGUGGACCAAUUGUAUCAGGAUCUUCUGGUUCAUCACCUUCUGAACCUGAAACUAGCACCACUCCAAUAAGUGUCCCAAGUAUAUCAGGAUCUUCUGGUUCACCACCAUCAGUGCCACCAUCAGCUGAAACUGAAUCUUCCGCCACUCCUUUAUCAACAACACCUGGACCUCUUGUCAGUGUUCCAACUGGAAGCAUCACAACUUCCAAACCAUGUCCUCUUCACUUGAAUAGUGUAUCUCCUGAAAACAUUUUCUCUCCAAUUUCCUUAAAUGGGAGCACUUCACUGGACAAUUAUCUUUAUAGCAUAACAAGUAGUAAAGAAUAUAUUGGAAAUAUAAGCAUCACCCCUGGUAAAGGUUAUCUUCUGGUACCAAUAGCUUUUUACUCGGUGAACUUCAUUGGAGACGAUUCAUUUAAAGCUGUUUAUUUUACUUCAAGUAUCACAGAAAACUUUGAAACAGAAGUUCAAAAUUUUGCUGAGAAACUUAAGGCUGAAGUUUUCUACUUGAUUGCUCCAAAUACUGCCAUUAUUUUGUUUUGGGCAGUGUCAGGAACUUAUUACCCUGAACUGUCUACAUCAUCAAGGCCCUCAAUUCUGGAGCUAAUGGAUAUUACAGAAGAUAAAUUAUAUAGAGAGUAUGUAAGCCCUGUGUAUGUUUGGGCACCACCAGGCUCAAUAGUCAACAUUGAAAAAUGUGAAGAAUAUACAACUUCGAAAGCAACUACUAUUCCAGUUAGCACAGAAUCAAUUUCAUCAUCAUUAGUGCAAUCAUAUUCGACAGUACAAUCAACAACAGAAUUUACUACAAUUACUACACCACUAACAAGCUCAACAAUCACAGAAUCAUUAAGUGCUUCACUUUCUACAACAGAGUCAACUAUUACUGGAUCAACUCCACCAGUGUCAUCAUUCACAACAGUACCUUCUAUUACAGAGUCUACUGCUACCACCACCACACCUGAAAGUGUAACAACACCUAGCACUCCAGAAUCCUUUGGUUCUUCUGCACCAGUCUCAGCAUCCUCUCCACAGCCACCAUCACGAUCACCUCCACCAGUGUCAUCAUUCACAACAGUACCUUCUAUUACAGAGUCUACUGCUACCACCACCACACUUGAAAGUGUAACAACAACUACAACACCUAGCACUCCAAAAUCCUUUGGUUCUUCAGCACCAGUCUCAGCAUCCUCUCCACAGCCACCAUCACGAUCACCUCCACCAGUGUCAUCAUUCACAACAGUACCUUCUAUUACAGAGUCUACUGCUACCACCACCACACCUGAAAGUGUAACAACAACUACAACACCUAGCACUCCAGAAUCCUUUGGUUCUUCAGCACCAGUCUCAGCAUCCUCUCCCACUCCAGAAUCCUUUGGUUCUUCAGCACCAGUCGCAGCAUCCUCUCCACAGCCACCAUCACGAUCACCUCCACCAGUGUCAUCAUUCACAACAGUACCUUCUAUUACAGAGUCUACUGCUACCACCACCACACCUGAAAGUGUAACAACACCUAGCACUCCAGAAUCCUUUGGUUCUUCUGCACCAGUCUCAGCAUCCUCUCCACAGCCACCAUCACGAUCACCUCCACCAGUCACCAGUCUCAGCAUCCUCUCCACAGCCACCAUCACGAUCACCUCCACCAGUGUCAUCAUUCACAACAGUACCUUCUAUUACAGAGUCUACUGCUACAACCACCACACCUGA